CAAGAGCUGAAGUACGACAUCCAGUGUUUGACUUCCGAAAAUGAGGCUGCCGAACGCGACAUCGCCAGCAAAGUAAAUCAGCUGCGAAUGGAAAUUAGUGAUUUGGAGAAGAAUUUGAGCGACACCAAUCAAAAAAUUGCAGCCGAACAGUGCUUCCUUUUAAUUCUUAAUUUCUAUUAUGCCGAUGAGCGAUUGAUUUAUGGAAAAAAGCAAGAGACAAGAAAUGCAAUCGCACGUUUUUUCGAUCGUCUCGAAAAAAUGGCCAAAGAGCUAUACGCACACUCGAUCUUUUUGGCGGUUUUUUUGCGGCUUUUCGGCGAGGAUUCGCUCUACAACGGGCUGAAACAAGUAGAAUUAUUUGAUUCGUUACGCAUGCUUGGUACAAAAUUUAGGCAUCGGAUGGUAAUUGCCACUGUCCACAUGAAUCUGGUCGAGAUAGAUGAAUUGACGGAAAUGAUAGCUGAUGCGGACGAGCAAGCGGUUGCGAUGAAAGGCGAGUAUACCAAAAUUAAAGCGGAACUAACUGAAGAGACUAAUAAACUACGUUUGUUGGAGAAUGAUUUUAAGAAGGAAGAGGUUUCCAUGGAAGAAACAGCCAGCGAUGCCAUACAGCAUACAGAAAAGCCAGCUGAUGAAGCGGAAAAUAUUCGAGAUCAGGAUUCUGCCAAUGAAAUUGAUAAAUGUAAGGAAGUGCUGGGUCAGAUCGAGAAAACGAAACAACCCGACAGAUUUCUGCUGGACCAAGGCGCUUAG